AUGACGGGACCUAUUUCAACCCCUCGCUACAGCCACGAUGACUUUGAGACGGCAUCUAUUCGAUCUGCCGCCCCCUCAUAUGUCUCCGAAGCUCCAUCAUACCACUCAACCGCCCAGUACUCAGACUCGGCGCCGCCGUAUGCCCCUCGCGGGGCGGCCCCGGCAGCGGCCGGUGCGCCUGCCCGGAACUCGUCUUCCACUCCUCGGCCUCGGACCAUAGGCCUCCCGCCCAUCCCUCCGCUCGCUCCUCAGAGCGCCGUCGCCCUCCCCAACUUCCGCAUCCCCACCUGGUCUGCGAACAACGCGCCCGCGGCCCGCCACUACCGCAACGUCGCCGAGCGUCGCAUCACCGAUGGCCGCUACCUGAGCGACGGCCCGGCCGGCAGGCGCUACAGCGCCGCCAGCACCGUCGACCGCACGCUUGACCACCAGACCGGCACGCAGACGACCACCACGCACGAGGUUCGCCCCCUGGAGGACCCCUACCUGGUCGGAGAGGUGGCUGCUGCCCAGGCUCGACGAGAGCGCCUCGCCCGCGAGUCCGGCGAAGACGUCCUUCUGAGAGAGGACCGCCAGUGGGACUGGCUUCUAGCCCAGAUGAAGAGCUGGGACGAGCGCGAGCGGAGCUGGGCCAAGUUCCGUCGCGACCUCGACAACACGCAGCGCAAGAAGCUGCUCCACCGCAUCGGCGGCCGUCUCCUCUCGUGA